GCGAUGAGGUAUUUCGUUUUUGCAUCCCGUUUCCCGCUCCGGUUGCCGCAUCUUGACAUCAUUCCUCCCUCGCUACAAGGAAAACACAUAAAAAGGAUGCAUCUUCUGCUCUUCCCCAACCCAUUAAUUCUCAACACACUCAAACACAAACACAACAGUUUACACAACUACCACCAACCGAUACCAAACAAACUCAUCUACAAUGCAAAGUGCCAAUCAAAACGUGCAAAACCGUUACCUCGAUGCCUCUGGAAAACUUAAGGAGGCAACGCACAUUGCUCGGGAAGCCGCCGCAGAAACCGGAAAGCCCGUCCAUGUCAUCGCCACGCCCGUAGUUCCUCAAGGAGCUGCAAUCUACAAUGAUACGGUACCGCUGCAUGCCGUUCCUCCAAGCGCAGUUCCUUCUCAUCGCCGAGAUGUGGCAGACGGUGCCGCAACCAACGAUACAGCAGCACAGGCAGAAGAAGCGUACUUGCGAGCAAAGCGAUCUGUUAAUAAUCUAACUAGCAAUGCGGAUAAGAAGGCUUCCGAAUCUUACAAUGCGGCAAAGGCUGCUGGAAAUGAAGUUGUCGAUCAAACAAAGUCCUACGCGGAUGUAGCCCAACGAAAGGCCGGAGAGACGUACGAUGUCGCAAAGGACAAGGCCGCAGACACGUACGAUGCAGCAAAAGAUACCGCGAACAAGGCAUACGACACCGCUGCUGACACCGCAAACAAAACAGCAGAAGCUACAAAAUCUUACGCAAACGCAGCGCAACGGAAAGCCGGAGAAACAUACGACGUGGCAAAAGACACAGCAAACAAGGCAUACGACACCGCGGCUGAAACGGCGAACCAGACUGCAAACGUUGCCAAAUCGUACGGAAACGCUGCACAACAAAAGGCCCGAGAAACUUACGAUGUGGCAAAGGACAAGGCCGCAGAAACCUAUGAUGUCACAAAAGAAACAGCAAACAAAGCCUAUGAGACUGUCGCUGACACCGCGGCUCAAACUGCCGAUGUCGCCAAGUCCUAUGCAAACGCGGCUCAACAGAAGGCAGCGGAGACAUACGACAUUGCAAAGAAUAAGGCAACUGAAACUUACGAGACUGGACGAGACAUUGCUAGCCAAGCGUCUGCGAAGGCGCAGGAAACCACCGCCAACGCCAUCGGAUCUGCGCAACAGAUCGGGGAGAGAGCGUACGAAGCUGCAAAAGACACGACGAUCAACACUGCCAAUGUCGUUUCAGCAAAGACUGGCCAAGCAUACGAGGCUGCAAAGAACACAGCUGCCACAACUGCAAACGUAGCUCAGGAGAAGGCAGGUCAGGUUUAUGAAGGCGCAAGGAGCACGGCUGCGAACAUCUCCCGCGAGGUUGGCGAGGGCGAAAAGAAGGGUUACAAUGCAGCUGCCAACGUCCUCGGACAGGCCGCAACCAUAGUAGAAAACGUUGUCGCUGCUGGGCGUGACAAGGCAAUCGAUGCAAAGGAUACCGCUGUAAGCGUUGGCGAGAACGCCGAGACGCUUGCCCGAGAAUCGAUUACCCUUGCAACUGACAAGGCUUCUCAAGCGUACAAUGCAACUCGCGACACUGUCGCCUCAACCCUUCACGCUGUAGAGGAAAAGGUGGUUAAUGUUGCAUCUACGGCAUACAACACAGCAGCGUCUAUUGUUACUACGGUUGAACACUCUCUAGAAACUGUUGCUCACACUGUUGUGGACACAGCCGCUGUCGCCGUCGGCACAGUGAAGGGGGUGGCAAGCCAAGCUGUCGGUUACACACAAGUGAAGGCCAGCGAAGGCGCUCAAUACGUAGCUGAGAAAACAAGCGACGCCGCGCAGGCCGUUCAAGAGAAGGCGGCUGACAUCGCUGUGGAAGAACAAGUCAAUCGGGCAGCCAAGCAAGCCGAAAAGUCUAUUGAUUCUCAGCGCACUCCUGCAGCCAAAGUGGAAACUGUCGCGGUCAUAGAACCGGUGCCCGUUGUGGAACCUGUCGUCGUCGAGAAAGUCGCGGUGAUUCCACAGUAAAGUAUGACAGUGGAAAGGUGCAGAUUAGCAUAAGCAUAGAUUGAGUGAUUUCGGCUUUUUAUAUUCGCUGUACAUGUUACAUGGGAGAUCGGUGGGAAAAUGUAUUAUAAUGUCUCAAAUAAAUGGUGUAAAUGUCAAUCAUUGAAGGGUAAAGCUUUC